GUUUUUUCAUAAAUAAAUUCAUUGAGUAGAAAAUAUGAAAUACUGUGAGGUUGCUUCUUUGUACCUAAACACUGCUCACUCUACACUCUCCAAGAGCACAAAAUGCGCUCCCCGUCGAUCUCCCGGCGGCGCCACGGCGGCGGAGACUCGGCCGGUCUAGGAAUCUCCGCGAUAGCGUACGUCGGCAUCGACUACCUCCGCCACAUCUCGCCGGCGUGGCACGAGCGUCUGCAGCCGGUCCUCUGGGCAGCGCUCGCCAUCGCCGCCGUGAUUCGGGUUCCCUUCUACAAGCACUGGUCAACGGAGUUCCGCGCCGCCGUUCCCUUCAUCCUGUCGAUUCUUUUUAUGCUGUCCGCUCUUCUGUUUGAAAUGAUUUCAGUUCGCUCUGUCACGGCUGUUCUCGGUCUGGAUUGGCACAAUGGUACACCGCCUCUUCCUGACGUUGGGCAGUGGCUGCUAUUGGCACUAAACGAGAAGUUACCCCAAAUAGUGGUUGAUAUAUUGAGGGCUCGUAUUAUUGGAUUGCACCAUUUCUUGAUGUUGUUUAUAAUGCUCGGUUUUUCAGUUUUGUUCAAUUCGGUUGAGGCUCCUGGUUUAGGCCUGGCCGCGAGAUACAUGUUCACCAUGGGUAUCGGCCGGCUUCUCAGAGCUAUAGCUUUUGUGUCGACUAUUUUGCCCUCACCUCGUCCUUGGUGCGCAUCCGCUCGUUUUCAAGUCCCGGCACAUCCUCAUUAUUGGGCACAGAAGUAUUAUAUUCCAUAUUCUGAAGAUUCUAAUGCUAUACGCCAUAUCAUUCAACACGAUGUAGCUUAUGCUGUGACUGCAGAUUAUCCCGUUGACUUUCGACCAAAUUGGGGAGCAAUGAACUUUCUUUCUGAUUUCCUUCGGCCUACAGCUGCCGAGGGGUCUUCUCCAUGGUACCAUCUUCUCAAGAAAGCUGGAGGGGGUUGCAAUGACCUGUUAUACAGUGGUCAUAUGCUCGUUGCAGUCUUAACGGCUAUGGCGUGGACGGAAGCCUAUGGUGGCUACACUUCAGCUCUCAUUUGGAUACUUGUGGCCCACAGUGCCCAAAGAGAAAUCCGCGAACGUCACCACUACACCGUGGACUGCAUUGUGGCCAUAUACAUGGGCAUCUUUUUGUGGAAGAUGACGGGCCUUUUCUGGCCCGUUAAGGACAAUUCCAGAUAUAGCCGGCUUGAUAAGCUCGAGAAAAUACAGAGCAGGCUAGUGCAAGCUGCCAAAGACUCGGACAUGGAUGAAGUUAGAGAACUCUUGAAAGAAGUCGAGUUUAGCAGUCAAGCAACCGGUCAGAAACCAAAAAGUCGAGCCAUGUGGCUGUUUUCAGGCGCGACCAUUUUUUUCGCCAUCGUUAUUGUUCUUCUUGCGUUCACUUUGACUAGUGAUGGCUGAUUCGUCACACGGGAUGAAGAUUUAGGAUUUUACGUGUGAUCGUGUAAUCUCUUCUUGUGUAGGAUUGGAUUUUUGGGACCUUUUGUUUUUAGUUGUGGUUUUGUAAAUGACAUGCAGAUAUGGAAAACUGCAUGCUGAAAUUAAAAUAAUUUUCGAAUGUGAUCUAAAAUGGAAAUGUGUGAGUUGUGACCUUGUUGGGAUCAAUUGGGACCAGUCCAGAUUGAAAUUGGGCUGGGUUUAGUUCUAUUCAAGCCCGGUUCGAGUUAAAAAGGUUUUAGGUUUAUCUUGGUAACAAUA